AUUAAAAUAGUGCUCAACAAAGCGGAUCAAGUUGGAGCGGCUGAACUGAUUCGAGUACGAGGCGCCUUAAUGUGGAGUUUGAGUCGAAUUCUGGAAUCGCCCGAAGUUCCAAAAGUGUUCAUCGGAUCCUUUUGCGUUGCUGCCGAUAAAGACAUUAAGGGUGAAAUUCAUGAGAUUUUCACGGAAGAAUAUGUCGACUUCUUUGAUGAACUGAAACUGCUUCCAUCAGCAACGAACGUGCGGAAAUUGAAUGAUGUGAUCAAACGAGCCAGAAAACUGAAAACCCAUGCAAUGAUUAUGGAGAGUCUUCUUAGACAGAUGUGGUGGAAAUCGAGGGGUGAACUGAAACGAGUUGUAAAUGCGCCUAACUUAACAAGGAUGUGGGAGGAAUAUAAAUACCGGCUGCGCAUUGCGGAUAGCGAUUUACCCGAUAUACAGUGGGCUGUAUUUUGGUAA